GUGGCAACCACGAAUUAAAACAGGAAGUGUGCGCUGGCGGGAAAAUCCGUACAGGGGGAGGUUACCAAAGAGGACUUUGCCUUUUCAUUAUGGACUAGUUAGCUAGCUAGUUUAAAUUGUGAAAUAAAAUUGUUGUCAUAUAGGCCUAUCAAAUAUUGACAAGCAGAGGUAAACCCUUCAUUUGUGCACUUCUUUUGUCACAUUUAAAUAUUUAGCUACAGUAACAACAGAGUCGCUGAGGUUGACAACCAACGGGAAUUCAUCAGCGUUUACCAGCCGCCUACGUCUGUCUGCAGCUUGAUCAUGAAGGCUGAAAUGGAUCAAAUCGUCCUACUGUCAGACGGAGACAGUACCGUGGAACUUCAGAAGUGCCUGUCGUCCUUUACAAAUGACCAGCUAAUCACUGGGAUUACGAACUACGCACUAAAGGGCAAGAAGGUUGGAGCCAUGAUUAAAGGCAUAUUUAAAGGCUCUACACCGAGUUCCACUGAAGGGUCGAACCGCAGACUUCUUGUUUAUCAACACUGCAUCCCUCUUUGUGAGUCAGGGGAUCUUCAGACUGAGGUGGCAGCUGAUAUCAUUGGACUUCUGAUGCUGGAGACUCAUACGCUGCCUGGACCCUCUCUUGCAAAACUGGCAUCUCUUUUUGUUGAAGCAAUUAAGGUGGGAAAAAUGGGCAGUGGCAAAUCCCUGGAGCUAUUUCCUACUGUGCUUACUGCCCUUUCAGCCUGUGAAGCCUUGUCUUAUGGCAAAGGUGAACUCAGUGGCGAGGAAUACAAGAAACAGCUGAUCAACAGCCUCUGCUCAAGCAGAUGGGACCCGCAAUGUGUCAUCCACCUGACGACCAUGUUCAGGGAUGUGCCCUUGUCAUCAGAGGAGCUGCAGUUUUUGGUGGAGAAAGUAUUGAGGAUGUUGACCAAAUUGGAUCUGCAGGAGAUCCCACCACUGGUUUAUCAACUGCUGCUUUUAUCUGCAAAGGGUUGUAAGAAACAGGUACUGGAUGGAAUCAUCAGUUAUUUUAAAGAGCAAGACGUUCGUCAGGAAGAGGAGCAGAAACAGGGAGAGAGCCUGGAUCUAGAGGUUCAGUCCAUUCCACAGGACCAAUUGAGACACGUGGAGGGCACGGCUAUCCUCCACAUAGUCUUUGCUGUACGACUCAACCAUGAUCUCGGGAGGGAGUUCCUCAAAUCCUUUAAGCAGACAUCCUAUGGAGAUCUGUGCCCUUUCAGUGUUGCCCUGUUGCUCUCAGUCGCACGCAUCCAGCGUUAUGAAGAGCAGGUGUUUGACCUUUUAAAAGGGGCCAUUGUCAAGAGCUUCAAAGAUGAGCAGCUGCAGCUGGCGUCAAAGUUCCUGCAGGACCUCCUGCAUGGGCACUGCAGUGUGGCUCAGAUGAUACUGGACACAGUCAAAAACAGCAUGUUUGGUUGGGAUCAUGUGACCCAGGGGCUGGUGCAGCUGGGCUUCUUCCUUAUGGAUGCAUUUGGACCCAAACCUGGACCAUUUGGCAAGACCACAGAAGGGUCUACUACCAUAGCCCGUACCCCCACUCAGCAGGCAUGUAAGCUGGGAGGACAGGUGCUCCUGCAGGGCUUUAAGAUGCAUGAGCCUGUCAGAGGCGAGAUACUGGAGCAGGUCUUGAAUCGAUUGGUCACAAAGACAGCCUCACCUGUCAAUCAUUACUUAGACCUUUUCUCUGACAUCGUGGUCUCUGCUCCCAUGAUCCUCCUGGAGUCAUCUUCCAAGGUGACGGAGACAUUUGACCACCUGUCAUACCUCCCCUUGGCCACUGUUCAGGGUCUACUUAAAGCUGUCCAGCCCCUGCUCAAAGUCAGUAUGUCUUUGAAGGAUUCUUUGAUUCUAGUUCUCCGCAAGGCCAUGUUUUCCAGCCAACUGGACGGCAGGAAGUCUGCAGUGACUGGCUUCUUAUUGCUGCUGAAAAACUUCAAAGUGUUGGGCAGCUUGGCCUCGAGCCAGUGUAGCCAGGCAAUCUCCACUAGCCAGAUCCAAGUGGACGUUCACUCUCGUUAUAACUCUGCUGCUAAUGAAGCAUUCUGUCUGGAAAUCCUCAGCAGCCUGCGUCGCUGCCUCGGCCAGCAGGCUGAUGUGCGCCUCAUGCUCUAUGAGGGUUUCUAUGAAGUCCUUCGUCGCAACUCUCAACUUGCAAGCUCCAUCAUGCAGACACUGUUCUCGCAGCUGAAGCGGUACUACGAGCCUGAACAAGACCUCCUGCCCCCAGUGAAACUGGAACCGUGCAUCACAGCACUCGGAGACCAAGUCUACCUCCAGGAGCCACUGGCCCACCUGGUGAGCUGUACUGUACAUUGCCUGCUGUGGCUGCAGAACAUGCGCCGGACGGCCAACCCCAAAGAUGACGACAGCGAUGAGGAGGAGGAGGAAGAAGAGGGAUACCAGUCUGAACUACAGACGAUCUUAGAGAGCAUGACAAGACGCAUGAUCAAGAGUGAACUGGAGGAUUUUGAACUGGACAAGUCAGCUGAGUUCUCCAUGGGAUCUAGUGUUGGGGUGAAGAAUAGUAUCUAUGCUGUACUGGUGAUGGGAGUGUAUGAGAUCCUUAUGGAGUACAACUUCAUCAAAGCCAACUACAGUAAAACCCGCUUUGAGGAGCUCAUGGAGCUAUUCAACCGCUACCACAAACUGUCUGAGAUCCUGAAGGAGAAAUCCGGAAAGGGUCGAGUACCUUCACACAAGACUCCCCGCAGUUUACUCUCUUUGGGCUUCAUAUCAACUCUCCUCACCGUGCUCUUUAGAGACAGUACUCAGAGCAGAGAGGAGGCUCUCUCAGUGCUUCGAUCAAGUGGAGAAUUUGUGCGUUAUGCAGUAAACGUGGCUGUACAGAAGAUCCAGGAGCUGGAGGAAACUGGUAACACAGAUGGCCCAGACGGACAGAACACAGACAGAACUUUCCGCUUCCUCUGUGACAUGACAAGUGUGCUGAUGUGGCGUUACACCAACAUCCCCAGCGUUGUAGAAGACGCGGGGAGGAAGGAGAAGCGCUCCAGCCUGUCCCUGCUGUGUCUGGAAGGUCUGCUCAAGAUCUUCACAACUUGUCAGCAGCGCUUUCCAGACAGGAUGGCCCAGCUCCUCUCCACCAUGGACAUCUCAGAAGACGGUGCCGAGCCAGACGAUGGAAGCGCUACAGAGAUGAACUUCUUUUACAUCCGACAGUUUCAGAGGGCGCUGUUCACACAGUUAAGUGGAGGUGAGGAAGAAUUCAACAGCAAAGAGGCUCAGCUGCUGGUCAGCAUCUUGAGUGUGCUUUCGCGCCAGCUAAAGCCUUCCUCCCAACAGUUUGUGCAGAUGAUCACGUGGACUGUAAAAAUCUGCAAGGAGACCAGUUUUGAGGAUUCAGCUUUCUCCAAGGGUCUGCUCUCUCUUCUCUUCAACCUGCAUGUUCUUUAUAAGAGUCCUGUAAGUCUGUUACUGGAACUUUGCCAAGAUAUCCACAGCCAAUUGGGAGACAUUGAUCAGGAUGUGGAGGUGGAAAAACAGUCUCACUUUGCCAUUGUCAACAUGAAGACUGCAACCACAGCAGCACUGCUGGUCUUGUCUCAGGUUGACAGAGUGCUUGAUGAAGUGGACUGGCUGAUUGCCAGAAAGAAAAGCCAGACGGCAUCUGACAAAUCUGGUUCUGGGGAGGCCACCCAGACAACAGGCCAGCAGGAUCCAAUAGAGAAAGCAGUGACGCUGCAGCUCGGGACUCUUUUGACAGCAUUAAAUGAGCUGGUCCAGACAGCCCUGCUGCCUGGCACCUGUACAAUCACACUGCUGAGAGAACUGAGUCGCACAUACACCAUCCUCACUACCCUGGUCAAAUAUUACAUCCAGGUGUGUUCCAGCCAGCACAGUGCACUGCCAGCACGCUUUGAAAAGCUGGUCAAACUGUCGGGCUCCCACCUAACACCACAGUGCUACUCUUUCAUCACAUAUGCACAGAGUGGAGAAUUUAGUAGUGGAGGUGCAGAUGAUAAGAAGAAAAAGAAAAGGAAUGAAGUGAACACUGCUGCCUCUGCAAAACUCCUGCGUGAGACAAAAGCCAUCCCUAAUGUGGUCUUCAGUAUUGAGCAGUAUGAGAAAUACCUCAUCACACUCUCAAAGAAGUCAAAGGUAAAUCUGAUGCAGUACAUGAAACUGAGCACCUCAAGAGAUUUCCGCAUAAAUGCUGCUUCUCUGGACGCAGCCAUGCAGGAACAGGACGACAGUCAGGAGAGCACAGAGUCACACGAUGCAGAAGAGACACACGAACCCAAACAGAAGAAGAGAAAACAGUGAGCUAAGCCUCUGUGCCUUUUGUUUGAUCCACACUUCUCCAGAUUCUUCAAUGAUUUUGAACUUGGCCAGCUGCUGAACAGCUGUUCUGGUUAACAGUCACUUGGCCCACAAAGUGCUAUCUUCCUUUGUUCAGAGAGCCUUUGGUGAUGUCAAUGAUUUGGUAUAUGUCCAAGGCCUCACCUGUGGAAAGUUUGCAUGCAUUGUUUAACACUGGUUGUGUUUAAAAGAAAAAUGUAUUUUGUAUAUGACAUGUAUUUUGAAACACGGUAACUGUCAAUGUAUCUGUUCUUUUUGAACAAUGUCAAAACUGUAACUUAUAUUUCACAUUGUUUGAAGAUCUAUCAAGGGUUAGCAAUCCAAUUUAGAUCAUCCGUUUUUGACAAAGUACAGUUGUAACUACAUAUAGUAGUACUUAAGAUGACACUACUUCAUCAGUCUUGGCUACACAAAGGGGAAAAGAGGCACCUAUGGUUUCCAAUACACGUAAAUGCAUCCUGAAGAGAUUUAAAACCUAGCUUUAUAUCAAGUGCUGUUUUAAAAUAAAUAUUUUCUUUCUUA